AGAGUUCAAGGAUGAAUAAUUAUUGAUGAGGGUUCACAAAAUGGCGGAGUUGCAGUUCGAAGCUCCUUUGGCUUCUUUUGAAAAUGAAGAAUGGAGUGAUUUUAACGAAUUUAAAACAUCAAAUUUGGAUAAAAAUGUUAACAACAAAGUGUCUGCGAAAAAUGAACGCAACGAAGGUGAUGAAAGUGCUAAUUUCGGAGAAAUUGUGUCAGGAUCACUUGAGGAUUUGGUCAAUUCAUUUGAUGAGAGAAUAACAAAAUGUUUCAACAAUUUAGAACAAGAAGUUGAAACUUUCGCUCCUGUACAAAUUAGAUCACAGGAAGAAAUAAUGAAUGAUUGUCAGAUGUGGUGGACAAUAACUGGAAAUUUUGGUAACAUUCUACCUAUUGAUUGGUCAAAAUCAUAUGCAAGAAAUCUUCAAAAUAAAGUUCUUAACCUGGAUGAGCACUCACAGGAAAGGCAACCUCUUAGUUUGGAUCUCUCAGAUGAUGAAGAUUUGGUGCAAGCUUUUGAUAUGCAUUCACUUAUUGUCAGCAGUCUGCACCCAGAGGAAGAAGAUAAGAUCUUAACAGCAGAAGAAGUCAUUAGUGAAAUUGAUGACAUGAUGAAGGAACCUUCCCCUGAGGAUUACUACAAUGCAAUGCAAGACGCCCCAGAAGAUGUGGCUUACACAAAAAUCAAGCAAACACUUUCAACUUUGUCAGGAUACACGGAGCAGGAAUUAAAAUCUAUGCCAAGAGUGGACCUCCAUGAGUUGGUGGUGGAGUAUGAUACUACCACUAAAAUCUUGUCUGAGAUGUUGGUCACUGAGCUGGCUUUAAGAGAUGAACUGGAGUUUGACAAAGAGCUAAAGAAUCAGUUCAUCUCUUUGCUGCUCACCAUACAGAAGAAAAGGAGAGAGUGUCAUAGUGACAGGAAAAAGAAAAAGGUCAAAACAAAUGGAUCCUCUAGUGCUAACACAACCCCAGAGAAUGGAAAUUUUUUGACCACUGCUAUACCUUACUAUCCCUGCCAUGGACCACCUUCUUCAGAACAGCUUCAAAUAUAUAUCAAAAUUCUUCAGGCAAUUAAUGAAGACAGUGCUACUGUGCCAAUACUUCUAACAGAUUAUAUACUUAAAGUUUUAUGUCCUACGUAAGAGGCAAUUCAUACAACUAGGAGAUGAUGAGAACAAAAUUUGGAACAAGCUAAACUCGUGGAACAAAUUUUAUUUUCUUGCUGUCUUUUGUGUGAUAUUAUUGCUUGCAACCUUUACUAUUGACUGUUAGAAUCAAAUAGACCUUUUUAAUUACAAACAAAAAAUUAAUCAAAUGAUACAAAUAAAUGCAAUCUAAUCACAAAUCAGAAAGCUUACAAUCAUCACAUAUAGUAGUUGGAAUUUCAUUAGCACUGAUGUCUCUGUAGUUAAUUGUCAGCUUCUACAUGUAUAUACUCAAUGAUAGUGUCUAAUUAAAUGUAAUAUUCUAUGCCAUUUUACAUUGGACCUUGUAAUCCAGUUUUUUUUUAUGACUAUUUAUUUUGCAAAUAUUUGUUCAUUUUUACUUUUUCAUUAUUUAGUUUUGAAAGUCGUCCUUUCUUUCCAUAAAAGUUUCUCUUUUUAGAAGCUAUCUCAAAAUCUCUUGGGGCAAAAAUGAAACAAUUCUCAAUUCCUUAUGAUUGUUGCCACAAAUAUGUAAAUGUCCAUUCAUUCAUUUCCUGUCAAUGUCUGUGAUAUUGUACACAUGUUUUGUUAAACAUCUCAGUGAAUUCAAACAUUGCCGUGAUAAUGAACCAAAACAAAUAUCUCAAGUCUAAAGAUUGAGUCAUGCACCAAAUUAAACUAACUAUGAUUUGAAUCAAAUCCUCCUGUGGGGCAAGUUUUUUGUGUAACUUCUUAAUAUAAGUGUCAGGGUUGUUUUGUGCUUAAAUGUAUUUGUAACAUUUUAUUUCAAAAUCUAAGUUAUUUAACUGCAUUACCUUGUGAAAUGUGUUAAUGUUUUCUUAUUUACCUACAAGUGCAAUCUUUUAGUUAUCUGUGUACAUACCUCCCCCCACCCCCCUUCCAGUGUAUAUAGCAAUGUAAUUGAGAUGUAUCCUAGCUACUGUGUAUCAGGUUUUAUACUUGCUUCUGAAUUUUUUACGACGUUUAAUAUAGAAUGCUCACGCUACUGUCAGUCUUAUUGAACAACCUUAAUAUUUGUUUGCUGGAACAAAACAAGGAUAGGUUUUGAAAGGAUGAAGUGGAGGUGUUACUGAAUGUACAGAAGAAAUGUGUUAGAGAUGUCAUGAAAGUAAGCAUCAGCCAAAGAAGUUUGACGACUGCUUAUUUUAUGUUGUCUUUUUUUGUCAUCACUGAGGGCGCCAACAAUAAAGAAAAUAACUAGAAUGAUUAUUAUUGAAACAAAAUAUAGAGGUAGAUGGUAUUGGCAAACUUGGAAGCAAGCACACUCUUAGUUUGAACAUAGACUGUUUUGUUUAAUAUCAAUAGUCUGUGAUGUGAAUUGUCAAUAUCCAUUCUAGAAAAGAGCACUUCAUUAAAACUAAUCAUUAAUAAUAUGCCACAUCUCAAAAGCUUGGAUUCAUUAAUGUCAAACUUUUUUUAUUUUUUGUUCAUUACUGUGUACUUCAUUUGUAAGCGCUUAUUGAAAUAAGCAACAUUCAUUACUCAUUCUAUAUUUUGUGAAAUAAUUUAUGCAAGUAAUUUCUAGUGCUUAUUCUGAUUAUUUAAUUUUCAUAAAUACGUUUUCCUUCUUUUAUAUUUUCAGACCCCAAAGCUAUUUUAUUUUAUGUGCAUGAUCAAAAUUUUUAUUUGCUUUAUUUUGUGUUUUUAUUUGAAUUUCUUUGUGAUAUUGGAGUCCUCUCACUGAGUAUGAGCUUUAAGAGGAGACCAGCUAACUAAUGUAUUCAUACACAUUAAUCAUUGGUUUUAACAAAUCCAACUGUGUCUGAAAUAAACAAGUUUCUUAUAUGACAACUAUUGAAAACAAAAAUAAGACCAGAGUCUAGUCAUCAUCCACUUUGAUAAGAAUUAUUUCUAGCUCUAAGUCACCUACUCAUUAAGAAAUACAUGCAGACAUGUCAAAGGAAAGAAGUCUAAAUGUGUAGAAUGUCAAGGGAAAGUUGUCUAAAUGUGUACAAUGAUACAAUAAAUAACUUACUGUAUAAUAAGAAAAAAAAAAUUUUAACUUUGUAACAAUUAAUGUUUUUUUACUUUUUCAUUAGUCUACAAAACACUGACAGUAUCUGCUAAUUAUUAUUAUCACAUUUUUAGUAUAUUUCCUUUAUUUCUAGAAAUAUUUUGUUGUUCGCCAAUGUUGCAUUUAUCUGCCUAAUUUAUCUGCCUAAUGCAUUGCUAUAUCAUUUUAUGAACUGUUGGCCAUUCGGUCUAGUUAUUAAGUGUUUUGAGAAUGUUUUUAUUUGUAUUGGUUUAACUCUUUGACUUCGGAAUUAUAUUCCACACUUGGACAUAAUUAAUGGUUUUGCCCUUUUAGAGUGAAAAGAAUGCUUCAAUUAAACUUUUAUAGCUUUUUUUUUUAUUAGAAAACCCUAACCUUUUUAUAUAGCACAAAGCAAUUUUUAUAAAACAAAAAUUAUUUUUAUAUUAAUGUUUGAAAUUUAAAAAUAAAAACUUACAGACUGCAAAAAAGCCUCCAGAAUCUAGAUCAAGGCCUGUUCUUGGAAAAAAUUUAUCAUCCAUAUUGAAAAUAAAUAUUUUUUUAUCAUAUUUAUCCAUAUUGUCACAAAACUUUACAUAGAAAACACAUAAAAUGGAAAUUUUAAGCUAAUUAUCCAUGUCGCUACUAUUGGAAAAAUGAAAACUGACCACCGUGGACAAGUCAACAGCUCUGGGUCUGUUUUAGAUCUUGGAAAUAUAUUAUGAUCCAAAGUAGAAAAAAAAAUAUUUACUAUAUUUAUUCAUAUUUCCACAUAACUUUAUAUUAAAACCAUUUAAAAACACAUUAAAUGAAUGUUCUGAGCUCAUUAUCACCAUCAUCCAGAACAUAAAUCUAAAGAAAACAUCAUUCUUUCAAAAAAUCUGUCACUGUAAAAACACAUUGAAAGUAGAAAAUUCUUAAUGUCUAGCAAAGGGAAACAUUUUAAGAUAAUGUUUUAAACAAAUAAAAACAUAUACGAGAGAAAAAUGUUGAAAAAACAAAUUUUAAAACACCAGCAUUGAUCAGAGCUUUAUAGCUGGGUAAAAUCAACGAUGGGAACAUCAUUGCGGAGUCAAAGAGUUAAGAUUACUGUCCUUUUUUUUUUUUUUAUAACACUGUCUUAUUGAAAGAUCCUAAAUGACUAAAAAAAAAAAUCUUAAUGCUAGAAAUUAUAAACAUGUAUAGGGUUAAUAUACAUAAAAAGGUUAAUAUUCUUAAAUACAUUGGAUUUUGUAUUGCAUUUUCAAUUGAUCAUACCAAGAUUUGAAGAGUCCACUUGUUGAAUCUGUAUGUAGCCCUCACAGUCUGCACUGCAUGCCUGCCUAGAAAUAUUGCUUAUUUUCUUAGAAAUUAAAAAGUGCAAGAUCUACUUAAUAUAAGUCCCAUCAUAUGUUUUAAAAUGUUAAACAGAAUCUCACUUUGGUAAUAUAUUAAUGGCACUUGUAUUAUUUCAUUUUAAAUGAUUUCUAUGUUCAAAAUGUUGUUGUUUUUUUUUUUCAA